AUGGGAGCUGAGAGAAAAUGGCUUUUCACGCUGUUCAGUGCGGUGUUCCUCACUUUCAUAGUUCUGAUAAUGUCUUCCUUCUCUUUCUUUAGCUCCCCAAAGGCUUUUCCUUCCCUUGUUCAGCAUGGUUCUCCUUACCCUCCGUAUUUUGCGUACUUUAUCUCUAGCGGGCACCAAGAUAAGGAUCGGAUCUUGCGGUUGAUGCUGGCAGUUUAUCACCCAAGGAAUCGGUACCUCCUUCAUCUUGGAAGGGACGCCGGAGAUGAUGAGAGGCUGGCCCUUGUCUCCGCUGUGAUGGCGGUGCCGGCUAUUCAAGCUUUUGGAAACGUUGAUGUGAUUGGAAAUGCUGAUUGGAUCACGUACUUGGGUUCAUCCAAUGUUGCCCUCACGCUGCGUGCUGCUGCCAUCAUGUUGAAAUUGGAUUAUGGUUGGAAUAGGUUCAUCACUUUGAGUGCACGUGAUUAUCCUCUCAUCACUCAGGAUGGUACGCCAAAUUUUCUGUUAUGA